UUCACGUUCUUCACGCGCGAGUGAAAUGAGUUCACUGUGCCAACGGGAAACUCAGCGACUGAAAAAACAAGGUGUCAAUCGGGGUUACAUAUACAGGCGAAAAUCGUUGUUUAUUUACAUUUCUGAUUCUCGACGAAUUUGGAUAACAUCGUUGGAAUUCUUCUACUUUAACUGUUUUUAUAAGCGAUCAACAAAGACACAACAUGGGAAAGAGGAAGAGAUGCAAUGAAAACGGCGAAGAAGUUAUGACCGACUUACCUCCAUCAAAGCUGGCUUUUACAGAAGUUCCUGUUCUGAUUCCCAAUCAUGAACACAAUACAAUGAAUGACCAACUUCCGGCAUCCCUGCAACAAGUCGAGGCUGACCUUAGGAAGGUCAUGGACGAUUUCGUCCAGGUCUACGAAAGACUUGACACGGGCGAUGAUCCAACAAAGAAGCCGAACUACUCAUAUACCGAACUGGUGUACCUAGCUAUCUUGAGAUCACCGAACUUUUGUCUUCCCAUCACAGAAAUCUAUAAAUACAUCAGGAGCAGAUUCACAUUCUUUCGGGACUCCCACAGAACUCACUGGAAAAACGCCGUAAGACAUAGUUUAUCGAAGACAAAAUGUUUCACAAAAAUUGCUGUCGGGAAACGGCACGGUGUUCCGGGUUUGCCGAACCGGUCAUCAUUUCUCUGGUGUAUUCUACCAAACAGUAUUGUGAGCUUUGCCAGGGGAGACUAUCGACCAUCGGUGGACAAGGAAAGUGGCAUGAAUACCCUUCGGUGGGGUUACUAUAAGGUCAACGCUGGUCAGUUCUGGAGCCAAGUGGCCGUAUACCUAGAGAAGAAGUUCGAGAGCUUCCGAACGAUGGUUUCCAACAGUAGCGAUCCAAGACAAAUAGUAAAGUUUCAGAUAUGCUCUCUACCGGAUCCAUCCACGCAAUCUGACCUUACCGUGACACCGGAAGUGCUGGAGCACGUGGCUGAUAAUUCCAGAGACAUUCUACCCGCCAAUUGCCAUGUCGGAUACGGAUUAGAAACUGACUUCAUGUCAAAAUUUGAAAAAGCAACAGAUACCGGAAAUUCAUCUACGGACGAUGAUUUUUCUCCAAAAUCGUCUUCAAUGUCAACCUCAGUUAACGACAGUGGGCAUGAAACACUUGAAUCGAGCCCAGAGGAACUCCAGGGCGAUUUGUUUUCGUGGAGACAACCAAAAAAUAAUCUUAAUUCCUCGUAUCUUUCGUUCAUACCAGCCUAUCAGAAUCCGGGGCGGUUGUCGCCAGAGUUACCCGAUCUUGGACACGUGAGUCCAUUUGAAUUAUCUCCCUUGUCAAACCACGGCGCUUCACCCCCACCAUCCUUGCUGACGUCAACACAAAAUUUACUGCGUGUUUCGCCCGUUCCGAUGACGUCACCAUCCUAUUCAGAUUCAUACAGUUCGUAUUAUUCGCCAUAUCAGUCGAGUCACGUGAUGUAUCCUGCACUUCAUGACCUUGCCUAUUCGUAUCCGGUUAACUAUUAUCCGAUGCAAGGAAACGACCCAAUGAUGUCCCUUACACCAGAGUGGUUAGGAAAUUGAAAAAUGUUUUGAACGGAGGUUGGUCUUCCGGAUGUGACGUUUAUAGUGCUAUUUUUUACACUCACAGAGUGGGUGUAUACACUGUACAGUAUAUUUUGUUAUAUAUUUUACGAAACAAUAGAAAUUGUAUAUUUUUACGAAACUACUAAUAAGUGCAAGAGUUAGCGAUGAUCCUCCUUAAUUUCAAUAAGGACUUGUAAUUAUCAUAUAUAUAUUUAUUUAUUCACUUUUUAAUCAGAAAAGUAAUAUAUAUUUUAUAAAAAUAUUUAAAUAUUAAUCAUGUGGCUGAAAUCACGUGGCAAUAAUUUAAAAAGUCAUUCAAUCCGUAUUCGUUCCUUUCAUUUUUAUCCGCAAUUAACAGAUGAUUUUAAUUGAUCUUGCAUUUUACGAAACUUGACCAUUUUAAAAUUGUAUAUGAAGAUAUGUUGUUUUUUAUGAAUAUCGAAAUUAUUAAAUGAAUAAAUCUGUAAUAUUUGAUCGGAAUUUG